GCCUAUUUUUAGCAUGGAGAUGAUGCAUUUAUAUAGUGAAGAGAAAUACGCACCUAUUUUCUGCUGUCUCUAAGGAACCAUGGAAAAUGAUCAUGAUUCUUUGUCUUCUGCACGGGAAAGUGAAAAUGCACGUCCGGAUACUGAUGAAAGUCCAGGGCAGUUCUUCCUAAUUGGCAAGAGACUUCUGUUUUCUACUUCCUCCAUUUCCCUCUCUGCUGAAGAGUACAAAUCAUUAGAAGUCGAGGUGAAUAAAUUAGAUGAUGAAGAAGAAAAUCAAGAUCAGGCAGAGGCGAGUGCAAUGGCCCCUGCAGAGACAAGCGGUACUGCUUUGGAUUCUGAACCUAAAUCGAGUGAAAAACCAGGAUCGCCAUGGAAUGGAUUUAUACGCAAGCUGAAGAAGGGUCCAACGAUGAACUUCCAUGCAUUCCAGCCCAGCAUGCCUCAUCUUCCUUCCCUAAAAAUCCUGUCGAAGAGAAGAGUUUCCAGGGAUCCACCAAGUCUGCCAGAACUUUCUUCCAAUGCUGACUUAUAUUUUUGCUUCGAAAAUUCUUGGGUCAAUUUCAGCCUCCCUGAGCUUCAAGAAGCUACAAACAACUUUAGCCGAGAUAACAUAAUUGGCGAAGGAGGAUACUCCGAGGUUUACAAGGGACACAUGGAGAGCGGGGAAUUAGUAGCCGUGAAAAGGCUGACCAGGGGGAACACAGAGGAGAUGACUGCAGAUUACUUAUCCGAGCUUGGCAUUUUAGUACACGUUAGCCAUCCAAACAUUGCGAACGUAAUUGGCUACUGUGUUGAAGGAGGAAUGCAUAUUGUUCUUCCAUUGUCGGUCAAUGGGAGCUUGUCAUCUCUGCUAAAAGGCAGAAAGGAGAAGCUUACUUGGAGUCUCAGAUACAACAUCGCUCUUGGAAUUGCCGCGGGCCUUUCUUAUCUUCAUGAAGGGUGUCAACGACGAAUCAUCCACAGAGAUAUCAAGUCGGCCAAUAUUUUGCUCACCGAAGACUUAGAACCUAUGAUUUCAGAUUUCGGGCUUGCAAAGUGGCUUCCGGAUCAAUGGACACACCUCACUGCUUCACAGUUUGAAGGCACAUUCGGCUAUCUGCCUCCUGAAUUCUUCAUGCACGGUAUAGUUGAUGAGAAAACCGAUGUAUAUGCAUUCGGGGUGCUACUUUUAGAGAUCAUCACCGGCCGCCCUGCAAUCGAUGAGUCAAGUAAAAGCCUUGUGAUGUGGGCUAAACCUCACCUAAGCAGCAAGAAUACAACGGUGCUGGUCGAUCCAUCACUCGGCACCAAUUACGACCCCGAACAACUGAGUAGCAUGGUUAUGGUUGCUUCCUUGUGUAUUCAUCAUGAUCCGGCCGAAAGGCCUCAAAUGAGCCAGGUUUUGAGGAUGUUGAAAGGCGACGAGGGCAUACUGCAGAGCAAGAGGAAGUUCCAAAAAAGGCCGGCACUCAAGAGGCCGCACUUGGAGCUGAUCACCGAAGAAUUCGAAAAAUGCAACUCGCCACUGGAUCAAGACAUCCUUCUCCACGACAUCAGCGCACCCGAUCGCGCAAACCUGUAAUAACUCAGCUUUGAUCGAUUGAUCCAUCCAUCCAAUCGGGUUCUACAGCCUUGUCCUAACCAUCACCAUUGCUGCUGCAAGUUCUUGUUCUCAGCAACUUUGGUAGUUGAAAAAAUUUAACAGAUUGUGCUGUGGGAAAGAUAAGAUUUCCUGCUCUGCAUUUUCUUCUCAAAGGUUUUUUAUGGACAAUAUAUAUACUUUCUUGUAUAUAACCUGUUAUUUUCUUUCAUUCUGCAAAAAUGGGCUUUUUAUAUAUAUAAACUGAGUU